AUGAUUGAAAACAAAAGGGCAUGGGAUCUAGCAGUAGAGUCCGGAGCAGUGCAGUGCGAUGAAGAUGACGACAUAAUGGCGAUUCUACAAGAACAGAAUGAAGCACUUGCUCAAAAGAGGAGGGGGUUAGGGGGGAUUGGUAAGCUGAGUAUGGUUAAAGAGCUCAAAACAAAACAGAAGCUGAAUAUGUUAGGGUUGGUUGAGUCUAAAAUGUUAGUUGUGACUAAGUUUAAUGUAGUACGUAUUUGGUGGAACGAUGCUGUAGGGUGGGAGUAUGUAGGCUCGGAAGGCACGUCAGGGGGGCUGGUGUUAAUGUGGGAUAUUAUGCUGUUUAGAAUGAAUAAUUGCUAUAAAGGAGAGAGAUGGUUAUGUAUUGAAGGAGUCCUAUUGAAAAAUGAUUUUCCUUGUGCUUUCUGUUUGGUAUAUGGUGCUCAUAAUAGAGCAGAAAAACUUGUUGUGUGGGAGGAAUUGAGCUUCAUAGCUGGUGUAUGUCAAGUACCGAUAUGCUACAUGGAUGACUUCAAUGAGGUUAUACAGGUUGAAGAGAGGAAAGGACAGGAUAGGUUAAUAGUGUCUGCAGAAGAUUUCAAGUGUUGGGUACAAGAUAUGCAGCUAGUGGACCUACCGUUGCAUGAUCGUAAGUUUACCUGGUUUAGAGGUUGCUCCUGCAGUCGCAUUAAUAGAGUCCUAGUGAGUGUAGAAUGGACGGAGGAGUUUCCAAAGAUUCUACUAAAAGGGGGACCAAGAGGCAUGUCAGAUCACUGCCCAAUUAUAGUGGAAGAUACCAUAUCUAGAGGUGGAUCACGACCCUUUUGUAGCUUAGAUUCCUGGUUUACACAUGAUGGUUUCCUAAGGAUGGUCAGGGAAGAAUGGAGGAAUCUUGGUGAGGCACGAUUCACAGAUAAGUUAAAGACUUUAACAGUACCUCUGGAAAGAUGGCAUAAGGACAAUUUUGGAAACAUGGAUAAGAAAAUUCAGCGUUUUAAGGAUGAAAUCAGGAAGUAA